CGAUAAUUUUAUUUUUUUUAAACGGUUUCUUUCUCCGCUUUUAUUUGGGGAGCGAAAUAAAAAAAUCAACCAAAAUCUAAUCCUUAUCGCUUGUAUUCAUCCACCGCCGCCACCAUGAUGAAAAUUGACGAAACCAAAAACGGCUACAUAUUUCCUAUAAUGAAAAUAUUGAGGCCGACCGAGCUGUCCAUCAAACAAAACUUUUCUGACAAUUCCAAUCCGUUGAUCCGGGGUUCGUUUGCUCUCCCGAAAACGGGGCGCGUUAAUGGUCAAAAACCUAGGAACCUAACGUUCAAAGAUCUAUACACCAUGACUUGUAAGGAGCUCGGAAAGGGUGCCACGGCUUCCGUCAACAUGUGCAAGGACAAGAGAACCGGCGUAGAAUACGCCGUUAAAAUUAUUCUCAAAAUCGACGACGAGCGGCAAGCCAAACGAAUCCACAGGGAGAUCAAGACCUUCGAACUCACCAAGGGGCAUCCCAAUGUCUGUCAACUCAUUCACUUUUUCCAGGAUAAUGAAAAGUACUAUUCAGUGUUCGAAAAAAUGGAAGGAGGUUCUUUGCUUAACCAAAUCGAAAAAAGAAGCGUUUUCACCGAGGCGGAAGCGAGUCUCGUAACUGGGGAUAUAGCCAACGCGUUAGAGUUUUUGCAUAAUAUAGGCAUAGCGCACCGAGAUCUUAAACCCGAAAAUGUGCUGUGCAAAUUUGAAGACCGUAUCGUGCCCGUUAAACUGACGGAUUUUGACUUGGCUAGCGAUUCUGAGCUCAACGGAAGCCCUCAUUUUCCCGUCAAUACUCCCGAGCUCACCACACCAGUCGGUUCGGCGGAAUUUAUGGCUCCUGAGGUUGUUAGAACUUUUCGAGGACAAUUAAAUCACUACGAUAAACGAUGCGAUAUGUGGAGCCUUGGCGUAAUCAUCUACAUAAUGCUAUGCGGUUACCCUCCUUUUUACGGGCAUUGCACCGAUUCCUCUCACCAUCCCAACACUAUGGACUCUUACAACCCUUCGGCAUCUCCCCCAUUUCAACCCUCUUCACCCAUCUCUCCCACCAUACCAGCUUAUUGCGAUCUCAACACUUGUACCGCCUGCAGGGACUCUCUUUUCAGCAGGAUUCAAAGCUGCAGGUUUGAUUUUCCAGCCCAGGAUUGGUCUCACAUAUCUCCGUCUGCGAAGGACCUCAUAUCUCAUCUUUUGAUAGAGAAUUCCGAUAAGAGAGCUAAGCCGGCCGACGUAGCUAGUCACCCCUGGGUUAAGUAUCCCGCUCCGUCUACACAUCUAUUGACUCCUACCGUUUUGAAGAGGACUAACAGUUGUGGCAGUAUCGAAAAAUUCGCCCAAAACGCGAUUGCAGUGAAUCGUAUGAUUCAGCAAUGCUACGCCAUUCAUAAGGAUAUAUUGGAUAACGGACCACCCCGCCUAACCCUUCCAUGCGCUCAAUUCGAUGGACAAGAACUAUCAAUUUCUAAGAAGAAUCAACGCAAUUGCUCCGAUGAAGAUCCGGAUGACGAAGAGGAAGAACCUACUCCUAUAGGUUCUUGUAUUGAUAAUGCCGGUUCCCAUUUUUUAGAUUUCAGUGAUGAUAGUAAUAAUAGCAAAUCCUUCUGCUCUAACAACACUUUAACGCUCGACGAUUAUUCUCCCAUUCGACACGCUAAUAAUAAAGACGUGUUUAAUUUUAGCAGUUUAAAUUUAAAUGGUUUAGAGAGAGGAGUCAGACAUGAAAUUGUGAGUAGUGAUGAAAGUUGGAAUGGGGAUGCUGAGAAUAAUCUGGAUAUUGAGGAGUUAUCUUUUGAUUUUGAAAGCCCGAUUGAGAUUUUAACCGCCAAAAACCCGCCAGUAAAAUUGAUAAAUAGGGAUUUGCAAGCCAUCAAGAACCAAAAAAUCGCUAGAUCGAAUAAACACGUGCCCAAAAUUGAUUCAUCUGAUCUCAAAUUCGGUAAUAAUCAUAUAUCACCACCGCACACUCAUUCAAUUACCAAGCAAGAUGUGUCUUUUACGUUAAAGAAUAAUUCGAUGUUGAACUUAAGCCCGCACCACGAAGUUUCGGCUUCAAACUCUGCGAAUAAUUUGGUUAAAUAUAAUCUGGCAAAUGUUGAUAGUUAUAAAAAACAGAAUAAAAUUGCCGCAGGAAAAAAUAUUAACUUUAGAGCUAAUAGUCAAUCCACGCCUCAAAGACCUCCUGUUAUCGUCAAUCACGCUGGCAAUAAUACAAAUAAUAAUGUUAAAUUUAGGCCAAAAUGUAACAUGUCUAAACGUGUCAAUAAUUCUCUCAAGUCUAAUCAGCCUAUCAAUGGUUAUCGGUGCUUGAAUGCUGCUGAGUUUGAAAGCGGUUUAAUGCCACGUAGGGCCUCGGUCGAGGAGCUCGAAAUCGAUAGGAAUAUCGCGUCAUUACCUAACCUUUUUGGACAAUCAUUCAAAAACUACUUACCAAAAAUUAAGAUGACGCAAGAACCUUCUAUUAAAAAUCAGGAAUAUCUGUCCGCCCUAAAUGGACGAACGAGUAGUUUACCUACAGCUCAGGGUCCGCAAAACAAAAAUUUUGUGGCAAAUUAUGCGACGUAUUCUAAGGAUAUUUUCGAACCAGUUAGUAAUAAUAAUAAUAACGUCACCUUCUACUUUGGAAAUCCAAGUGAAUUAAACUACUACCCCCCACCUUACAAUUACAGUAUCAAUUACUACAAUUAUCUUAACAAUUCCAUGGCCACCCCUUGCGUCAACAACUACUUGCCUUCUAGUUCGGCUUACUGUCUUCCCUCUGAUGCCCCUUACAAUGCGAAUAUUUAUAAUAACAAUCAACAGAAUUAUAUUUACGAUCAACAAGACAUUACUCAAGGGAAUUUUUACGAUUACGACGGGUCUAAUUUCAACACUAACAACUGCUACUUUAACAACAAUGACGAUGAUCUUAUUAAAUUUGAUUCCGCUCGGACAUCUCAACCCAACAACUUAGUCUGGGUUCCACCUGACAAAUAUGGAGGGGCGCAAUACUUUUGAACCCUAAUAAUGUUAAAAAAAUAUGUUAUUUAUAAUACCGACACGUGCUUAAAUUGCGAAGGCAUUAUUAAAGGAGAGGGCGAUACACUUUUGUGAUUAUUUUUUUAUAGUUAAUUUGGGACGAAUAUAUUGUAAACAUAACAUAAAACGAUAGACUGCUUCACCCUUCAUUCUGGAUGAUUUAAAACAUCAACUUUUUAUCCCGUUUUUAUUCAUAUACAACAUAUUUAAUUAUUUUUAUACAUAUUGGCAAUUUUAUAUAAUAAUAUUUUUUUUAUGAAGAAUAUAAAUACAUUUUUUUGAAAUCACAUUUUUUUUAAAAAUAUAAGUAGUUUAAUCAUCACCCACCCAUAAUAGCCCUAAUUAAUUUCUUAGACAUUUUGUUAUAGCUUAAAUAUUUCGUGGACUUAAUAUAAUUUUUGACAAAUUAAUAUUCAUUUGAAAUGUUCAUUAUUAUCAUAUAGCCAUUUUAUACAUUUUUAAAAAAUUAAACUGUGUUUAAAACUUCAUUUUUAUUUAAUGUUACUUUAUACUCUGAAGCGAUAUUUAACAUCAAUCAGUCUUUUCCUUGGAUGGGAAAAAAAUGUCAAUAAACCUCCUGUCCUUUGCUUUCGCUCUUUCUAUAUGAUAUUAGAUUAAAAUAAAUAGAUGAAUCAUUAAACAUUAUAGUUAAUCAUGUUCCUUUCUUUAUUUUAUAUUGCUUCUUGUUUAAAAAAAAUAUUUUUUUCCCCGCUUUUCCUAGAAAUAUUUUAUUGUAAUUAUUAUAUUUGAUUCACAAUUAGUAUUUACGAUAAAAGAAAAAAUCAUUUUAUAUUAAUAUAAUUUGUUUAAAUUUAUUUAAAAUAUUAUAGUACAAGUCGAAAAAUCAUAAAUUCAAAAAAAAAUAGUUUAUAUUAAAUAAAUAAGAAGAUACUUAUUCAUUUAAUAUAUAAAUAUAAUAAUAUGCUAUAUUAUAUUAUAUU